UUACACUACAUGUCACAUUCACCCAUGCACAUACACAUUCACACGCUGAUGGGUGAGGGUACCGUACAAGCCGCUUCUGCUGCUACUCAGUGAGCAUUCACACACGCUAACACACUGAUGGAGCAGUCAUUGGAAGCAAUGUGGGGUUUAGUGUCUUGCCCAAGGAUACUUCAAUGUGCAGACUGAAGGAGCCGGGGAGUGAGCCGCUGAUCUUUCAAUCGGUGGACACUUUACCUCUGAGCUACGGUUCAAGAGAUACAUACACACACACACACACACGCACACACACACUCAUAAAGUAGCAUAGUAACAAUACCAACAUGUAAGGAAAAAGAGCAACUAAUUAGAACAAUUGAGGAAAAAAAACAAAUAUACAUGAAUCAUUUAAAAAUACAGCAAAAAAGAAUUUCAGAAAAAUAUAUAGUGUUGUAACUGUAAGUGUUAUUGUUACUUCAAAGGGCUUAAUAUGCAUAUACAUACAAACAUACCCAUAUCUAUGGACACAUAUAAAGAUAUAUCUACACAUAAGUGCAUAUACAUCACAUACACGUUUACACAUACCAUACUCAUCCAUACACAUAAACAUCACAUACUUUGGAAUAUGUUCAGUUAUACAAACAAAACAGACAUGGUUUGUAUUUACAUCCCAGCAUUAAUAACCUCUUCGAAAUCUGUAUUCUUCUGUCAAAUUCUGACGUUCUUUUUUUUUUUUUCUUAACUCCUUCCACACCUUGACUUUUUUUUCUAAUGGAGUUGAAAGAAAUUAUAUUGCAGAAUUAUUUUUCUUUCAACUCAUGCUGUGCUUCCUAUUGAGAGCUUCUAUGAAUAAGGAGGUGGGGAUUUGUUUUGCUGCUGCCCUGCUACAGGUUGUUAUUAUACAUGCCAUCAUGACACACCCAGAUGAGACCCACCAUGCCAGACACAGCUUUAAAAAUCUGGCACUAUCGGGGCAUUUCAUUACCCCCUGAGUGAGCCCAUUGUGCCAGAGCAUUACUGACCCAUUACACCAGUGUACCUCCAUCUAACUAGAGGCCCCUGCUUGUCUACACACUGUGUGCUGUGGAGAACAUCAACAGUUUAAGGAUUUCACCCUCUGCACUACAGGCUACUUCCUUGUCAGAUGGUAAAGGGUCACAUGAGGUCAAUGAUUCGGGCUUUCCAUUACAGCAUGUUUUGUUGUGCACACAUCCCUCUUUACAUCACAGUGAAGCCUUAAACAACCAAAACUCCCUCAUCAUCCAGUCUCCACCUUGGAUCUUCAUCCUCAUCUUCAUGGUGACCUUACAGUGCAGGGUGAUGCUGUCCUGGUGUGUUCAUGUCAUAUCAUCUGUCCGUUACCCAUCUAACAGCAGAGAGUAGAGUUGUGUUGAAGUGUGGCAUGUGGAUAAAGUGAUCCUCGAUCUAUGCCACCGGGCAACGCUCAUCCCCCCUCGCUGUGACCUUGCAGCCUGUCCCCGUGUGGCAUUGCCUUACCGUGCCUCAGCACUACAUUCUCCCAGCAACACACACAAAAGACACACACAUUGUCUUUGUGACACACAUUCUGUGCAUAUUUUCACUGGCACACAUAAGUGAACACACAGGGAAACUAACUGAGGCCUGCCCCCCACACACAUACACACCACACACACUCAUACCAAUCGCAGAGAGUGCUUUGUGCAUUCACUGACUGGGCAGCUACUGAAGAGAGAGAGAGGGAGGCUGGUGGGAGGAGGGAGAUGAAGACAGCAAGAGACAGAGGGAUUACAAAGAGAAGCAGACCCAGACAGAUAGAGGAGAAGAAGAGAUAAGAGUUGCAGUGGGACAGAGGAGACACAUCCAGUAAACAGUAAGCGGUGGAAAGGCAGGGUGAAGGGGACAGGAAAGGCAAUACAGGAAUAGGAAGGGAAACAGGGCUUGUCCAACAGAGAGGAAGAGAGUAGGUUGUUGUUAAAGAGGCUGGGGGGAACUGAUGGGAUGGCAUUGAUCUCUGGGAGCUGCCGGCUCCUGGGCCAGAUGGCGUCUUGUUGCUGCAGACCGCUGCUCAACUCCUGCUGCUGUGGACCGUUCAUCAAAGUCUGCCUCUCCUCCUUCACAGACAUCUCUCCUGCUGAGCUGGAUGCUCUUUGGAGGGAACCACCGUAUACUCUCGGGGGAGCAAAUGAGCACUUCCCAGGAAAUGACAUCAUGACUCAAGGUGCAGGUGAGGAGGAGGAUGGUCCAGUGGUGGAGUCAGGUGAAGGAGGGGUGGAGCCUGACAGCUACUGGAAAAAGAAGGAAGCCUUCCUCAGAGGAAGCACUGUCUCGCUGGGAGAGAAAUUCUCAUCAGAAAUUGUGCUGCUGUUCACUGGGCGGAGGCGCUCCAGUGUGGCUCCUGACCGAGCCCUACAGGAGGCGCUGCGCACCCGACUCCGAGUGGUGGAGAGCAACAGCCAAGACGUCAUCCAGCUCUUUAAAGACUUGUCUGCACGUCUGGUUUGUGUCCACGCUGAGAAGGAUAGCUUUGUGCUCACAUUUAAGACUGUGGAGGAAAUAUGGAAGUUUUCAACUUACCUAGCAUUAGGUUUUGUGGCUCGCUGCUUGGAGAACUUCCUGUGUGAUCAGUCCUUCUGGCUGGACCCAGAGCUGCUCAGUGACCUACAGAUCAGUGUAACUGUGGACGAAGAACAUCUGGCAACCCUCUACCUGGGACUGUUACUCCAGGAGGGAUCCUUCUUUGCCAAGGCGCUAUUCACAAGAAGCGAGCAGGAUGAGGACGACGAAGAGCAGCUGUCGUUCAAAAAGAAUGACUUGCUGAUGGUGAGGGACACGGGGCAGGACAACAUGUGGGAGGGCACCAUGCUCUCCACAGGAAACCACGGCCUGGUUCCACUCAACGCCAUGCAACCGCUGCCUUACCCCUUCUAUCAGUGGUUCCUGAGGAAGUACCCGGGCAAUGCUGGAUGCUCACCAGCAGAAAAGGAACCAUUCGAACAUUCAAUUGUGACAGGUUCCUGUGUAGCAGUAGUCGACUACAGUCCAGUUGGCCCAGAUGAGCUUCAGCUGAGUCAAGGUGACAUUGUGGAGAUCCAGGGUCUUCUAGUCCGAGGCCUGGGUGUGUUCAUUGGAACACACACUUCCACAGGUCACACUGGUUUUGUACACAAGGCCCACGUCAAGCCACUGGACACCGAACCCCUAGACGCACGGUUGGUCUUUCUGACUGAGGAGGAGAGGGCCAGCCUUGCUCAAGUUAACCCGUGUAGCUCUGAGCCAAGUGACAGCGGCCUGCUGGAAAGACUCUUCUCGACCGACAUCAGCUCUGUGUACAGGCUAGACAGACUGGACGAGACUGACUUCAUGUACAUCAGGAAUCGGCCAAAACAUGAACUUAAGAUUCCUGCAAGCGCUCGUCAGAGCGUCAUGUCAGAGAAAAGUGGAGGAACGCCGCCGUAUCACUCCUCUCCUCGCGCCUCUCUCUCUCAUUCCUCCCCUCGUCUGUCCCUCUAUCAGUCCCACAAUCCUCUACCACGUGAGGGAGAGCGCCUGUCCUUUACUCUGGAUGACACAUUCAGAGAGAUGGAUGAGUUCCAGGAAGACCCACCUCUCUUCUUGGAGGAGAACAGCUGGGAGGGGGAGGACUCAGAGUUCAGUGACCCGACACUGACCCUGCUGAACCACGAACACUUCCAGGAGGACUUCCUGCCGCUGUACGACCUGCAGUAUUCCUUCCUGUGGGUGACCUUCAGCGGUAAGACUGAGGACGAGCUAUCGGGGCACCUGGAGAGUGUCAGGGAGUGCGCCAAGAGGAUGGGCCUGCACUGGGCACAUCGACGGGCAUGCUUCCUCCUGGGGAGACUCUGUGCCAGGAAGCUGAAGUUCUCCCAGGCCCGUGUGUACUACGAGGAGGCUCUCAGUGUUCGUGUGGACAGUUUCUCUGACACGCCGCUCCUCAUCGCUCUUUUCACAAACCUCACUGCCGUUUACCUGAAGCAGCGUAUGACCGACAAACUGCCGCAGACUCUGGAGAAGGCGAGUGCCCUGCUCCUGUGUCUCCCCUGCCACACCUUCACCUCCACCGACGAGCUUGAGCUGCUGCAGCUGCUCCUGAGGAGAUCGGUGGUGAUGGGGGACAAACACCUGGAGGCUCGUGUCUGCUACCUUGUGUCCAGCCUCUUCCUGUUUCUCAGGAAGACUGAUGACGCCCUUCCCUUCGUUGAGCGACUCCAGUUUCUCGCUGUGACUUUCUCUGCCACCAAUGGGGCUCCCAUAGCUCCUUUGGACCUUAACUGGCUCUUGAGCUGGCUAUAUCAUCGUAAAUACAUGCCUUACUUAGCCCUGGCCUCUCUGAGCCUGGACUCAAGACAAGACCACUCCCUCCAUGAUGCUUUCCAGAGGAUUGAGUUGUUUAUCAGGAACUCUGUUCGCCUGAACCCAUGCUGGAGGGAAGGAACCUCCCUGCUCCCUGCCCAGAUUGUGAUCUACCUUCAGCAGGCCCUGAUUAUAGCUGAGCAAGGGGAGGACAUGAAGACACAGAGGGACCUGUGUCAGGGCUUGGCCACUGUCUACCAGCAGUAUGAUGCUCUAGAUAAGGCUGUGCGCUGUGCUCAACAAGCUGUGGAGACCGGGGGCCACAUCAAUGAGGAGGAGAGCUUUGAGGCCUCUGUGUUGCUCGGGUGGCUGCUGGUGUUGACAGGCCAGGCUGAGAGGGCCCAGAAUGUCCUACAGCCACUGCUCACAUCACUCCAGGGCACAGACAGUCCCACGCAGCGAGGAGUGAUCCACAACCUCUUGGCUUUGUGUUUGAGGCGGCAGGGUCGAAUCCCAGAGGCAGGCUGGCAUCUCCACUCUGCCCUGCUGAUUUCCAGGGAAAGUGGAAACCAAAGGAACCAGGCCCUUGCACUGGCCAACCUGGGCUGCCUGGCUUUGGAUGUUGGGGCAUCUACGGUGGCAGAACGCUUCCUGGUCAGAUCCCUACGUCUUUUUCUGGAGCUGUGGGAAAGCCCCACGGACGAGGAGCACGUUCAGACCUACCUUUGGCUGGGGCGGAGCUACAAAGACAGGAGGAAGAGUCAGGACAGCAGGGCGUGUUAUGAAAUGGGGCUGCUAAUCGCACUACAUGCCAGAAACUUACACAGUCAGAUGGUGGUGGCCAAGGUGCUGAGUCGACUGUAUGAUGACAUGUUACUGUACGGCCAGAGCAUCGUCUACUAUGAGCACUGUGUGUCAGUAUCCAGAGAGCUGAAGGACAAGAGACUGGAGGGAGAGUAUCUGGAAAUCCUCAGCAGCCUCUACCUCUCACUCAACACUGAAAAAUCAUCUCGGAAAUCUCUGGACUACACCAAGCAGAGCCUGAGGAUUUCUAUUGAUUUGGGCAAGAGAGAAGAAGAGUCAGAGACGUGGCUGCAGGUGGGACGCAUCUACUACCUCAUCCAAGAGGACGAGCUAGCUGACAUGUACCUGCAGGCAGCAGUGAAGACAGCCCUGAGGAUGAAUGACCAUCACUUUGCCAUGAACAUCUACGAGGAGGCAGGAGACGUCUACUUUAAAGGCCACAGGAACAGGAUGGCUUCACUGCCUUUCUACAGGGAUGGCAGUCUGCCAUUUGCACGGAGCAUCAGGGACGUCCACUCAGAGUUCCGUUUGUUGAGUAAACUGACAGAGCUGUUAAUGACCCAGGGAGAGCAGGAGGAGGCUCUGCAGUACGCAACACUGGCUGUUCAGAUCACCGGCAAAACAGGUGUGCAAGUGAAUGAGAGGACAGCCUACCACCGGCUGGCUACAGUCUACUACAACCUGCAGCAGUAUGAGAUGGCAGAAAACUACUACCUCAAGUCCCUGUCCCUCUGCCCGCCUGUCCUGCAGGACCCCAUGGAGGCCCGGUACUACACCAAGGUGUACUGCAGACUGGGCAAUCUCACUCUACACAAACUGAAGGAUUCUUUUGAUGCGGUGGGCUACUUCCAGUUGGCUCUGGCAGCGGCGCUGGAGGACCAAAGUAACCCCGAGGCUCUGUACGUGGUGUACAUGAAGCUGGCUGAGAUCCACGGCAACCACAUGCCCGAUCCUCAACUGUGCCAAGUUUAUAGAGACAGAGCCCAGAGUCUGAAGAGAAUUCUGGCUGGGGAGGAAGGCGCUGCUGUUGUAGAGGAAAACAUGGCGGAUGCAGACACAGAGCUGGGCCAAAAGAAGGAAGAGGACUCCGGUGCUGAUAUGGAACGUACAGAAAGUUUGGUUAAGAGAAACGGUGUUUUCACAUCUACACCUGAAAAUAAAAAACGUGACGACAACUCAUUUCCAAGAACCUCUUUUAUCAGUGAAGACAAAGAGGACAGACAUGCAGACACUGACACUGGAGAUACUAAUGGGAAAGAUCACAGCAAUAAUCUCGAUGCAGAUGGCCCUUUUGUGGAUGCCUUCGACACACAAACCAUUGCCAGUCAGUCCUACAGUGACAGUAUUCUUACUGAGUCCUUUGAUACAGCCAAGGAGCAGAUCUCAGACUCUAGCAGCUCCACUGAUACUUUACAAACUUAUCAGAAUCAAACAGAUGGGACAGACUUUGAUACUGACCACAGCAUGCCCAGUCAAAUACACAUAAGUGACAUCACAAGACACAGAGGCAGCCACAACACAGAUUCUGAUAUUCAGGAUGAACAAAACACCCCCACUAAAGGAACUCACACAGAUCCUUUUCAAAAGGAUGUCAGUGAUGAGGACAAUCAGUCUGAUAUUAACCGAGACUGUUAGCAUAGCAACAACACAGAGAGAGAUACAUGUGAAACUGGUGACACACACACACAGUCUACACAGUCUCCUAUUGGCACUUUAUGUUCUUCACUGACAUUUCCUCUGUCUGGUCACAUGUGUCUUGACCAGCAAACUGACUCCAACGUUCCAGCCAUGUGGCACUUAUUGUAGGACAGAUGAUGUCAAUACUGUUAAGUUUUCAGAGAUUUACUGACAUUGAAGCAUGUGCCUUUUGUAUAAUAUGUUCUGUGGUUAUUACAGUGCAUUGUGCUUGUAAUAUAUGUUUUCUAAGUGUAUGUUUUUGUAUCUCUGGAAGAUAUGACUCAAACAUAAAGAAUGUUAUUUUCUUUGCUGA